AUGUGGACAAGCACGUUGUCGCCCAGUACCUCAACCUAUGAUUACAAACGUUUCUUGCCCUUCCACAUCCACGAAAUCUCGCCAGACCUUGAAAAUGUCACAAUAUUCGCGAAUUGUACUGAGGAUCAGAAGAAAACUAUUUUCGACUAUGACACCAGCAAGUUAGCGUUGGUCGACACUACGCUACCAGUGCUAUGUAUUAUCUUAUCUAUAUUUUCCCUGAUAAUCAAUAUAAUUUUCCUAUUCUUGACGGUCAAGGGGCUUAUGGAGAAGAAAUUGCCUUUGAAGGGUUACUCAUUACUGAUCAAUCGAUCCGUCACCGAUAUUCUCACCUGCUUUUUGACGUUGAUAUUCGUAUCUCUGCACAAGCUUGUAUUUAUUCAAGGGAAUCCGGAGUAUCCUACACAAGAGAGGAAUAUUAGCAUUUAUGAGGUGGAUUAUUUGAUUCCGCACGGGAGAACGAUGUUUACGUUAUUGUUGACAGCCAAUUUUUGGUCUGCAGCAGUCUACAUCAUGCUCGGCGUCUGGGCGGUCGGCCUCAUCUACUCCGUAAUCGUCGUCUGCAUCUCGGCCAACAACGCCUUUAACGUGUUCAACGAUGCAAAAGAUUUGAUCCGUUGGAACGUUUCGAGUGAGGAUUACGUACUUUCAAUCUUCAACCUUUUCAUCGUGUUGGUGUCAUUUCUGAUAGUGACCGUAUCUUACGCUGCGAUUAUGGUCUAUCUAUAUCGGAAAAGUAAUGAAUCUGGGAACGCUUCGCUGCAUUUGAUGUCAAUUGGAAGAUUGGCUUUAAAUAUUUUUGCGUUUUCGAUUACUUGCAUCGUGAUGGCGGGCUUCGUAUCGAUUCCGAUCAUACUGAAGAGUCAUAUUGACUAUUUAAUUGCUGAAAUUCAGGAAUCGCAAUGCAAAACCCUGGUAGCGGCCUAUCAAUUAUCAUAUCAAAUGGCCGAAUGGACAACGGCGGCAAUGGUCGGGUGGCUCCUCCGGAUGAUAAUGGAUCCAUUGGCAAAUUUGCUGCUCGAUACCCGAUUUAAGCUGAUUUAUGGGCCCUGGUUUGUUAUGUUCGACAUGACACCAAGGAAAACGAGAUCGAAGGUCGCUACAGAAUUUCUACAAAAAUGCGCUGAAGCAAAUAUCAUGCCGAUAUCGAUAAUUUCCGGGGAAGGCCGGUACUUCCGCUUUAGAAGUUCAUCGGUUGAAGAGGGCGGGCGAUCGCGACGAAUGCAGAACGUACGUCGAUUUGAACACGUCAUACCGCUAAAAGAACGGGUGCUA